AAUAAAAAAAACUUAAACAUGGAUGGGUUUAAUGGCAAAUUAACCCAAAUUACGCUCCCAACCCUUUCCGUCAACACCACUUCGCAACCCAAAAUUUACACUUCUUCUGCUACUGCCGCCGCCAUUUCUGCUCCCAUUCUGCUUAGUUUCAAGAUAUGGGUAAGCUUCCUUCUUUUAUUCUUCGUUCACUUGUUAAUGCUGGAAGCCAUCUUUCUAAUUUCCACUCUUUUUCUUCUUCUUCUUCUAACACCAUUGCUACCCACAUCGAGGCCCUAAGUAAGAGGCCCAUGUCCAUGCCUGUUAGAGGAAGGGAAAAAGAGACCACCGCUUCGAUAAAGUUGGUCAUGCUUUGAUUUUGUUCAAUAAGAUGAUUGAAAAGUAGCCAAAGCCUUCAAUUGUGGAAUUCACUAAAUUAUUAGCACCCGUUGUUAGAAUGAAACAUUAUGCCAUUGUUGUUUCUCUGUGUAGCCAGAUGGAAUUAUUGGGAGUUUCUCACAAUGCUUAUUCUUUGAACAUCUUGAUUAAUUGCUGUUGUCAAUUAGGUCGAAUUGAUUUUGGGUUUUCUGUUUUGGGAAAAUGUUGAAGUUAGGUGUUGGACCUGAUGUUGUAACUUUUACAACUUUGAUUAUUGGGCUUUGUAAUCAAAGUAAUAUUUCUGAGGCCGUUUGUAUGUUCGAUGAAAUGACUGAGAGAGGGUAUCAACCUGAUUUGAUUGUUUACAAUACAGUACUUAAGGGGUUGUGUAAGACCGGCAACACUGAUAGAGCUGUUAGGUUUCUAAGGCUGAUGGAAAGCAGAGGUUUUGAACCUAAUAUUGUAGCAUAUAAUACCAUCCUUGACUGUCUUUGUAAGAAAGGGUUGUUGAAGGAGGCUCUCGAUCUCUUCUCCGAAGUGAAGGUUAAGGGCAUUAGACCAAAUAUCAUUACUUAUAGUUGUUUAACUCAUGAUAUGUGUAAUUCGGGCCAGCAGGAGGAGGCUACAAGGCUUUUGAAUGAAAUGGUGGAUAACAAUAUUUCACUUAAUAUUGUCACGUAUAAUAUAUUGAUCAAUGCACUUUGUAAGGAGGGGUUGCUUUCCAAAGCUGUAGAAACUAUUGGCAUAAUGAGAAAGCAAGACAUGGAGCCCAAUAUUGUUACGUAUAACACAUUGGUUGAUGCACAUUGCAAAGAAUGGAUGGUUUCUAAAGCUGAGGAUAUUUUGAUGACUGAGAAGGGUUGUGCACCUAAUAUAGUUACUUACAGCACCAUGAUCAAUGGAUAUUGCAAAGGUAAAAGGUUAGACAAAGCAAUGGAACUCUUUCAUGAAAUAUCUCGAAAGGGACCGAUCCUGGAUACUGUCACAUACGCCACUCUCUUGCAGAGUAUGUUUCAGUUAGGGAGAGUUUCAACUACUUGUGAACUGCUUAGAAAGAUGCUUGCUUCUGGACAAAUUCCAGAUAUAGUGACCAGUUUGAUUUCGCUGAAUGGUUUAUGUGAAACAGGUCAUAUCAAAGAGGCAUUGAAACUUUUUGAAGCAAUGCGGAACAGUGGGUUGGAACUUGAUGUUGUCCCAUAUGCUAUCCUAAUUGAUGGGUUGUGCAAAGUUGGGCUUGUCAAGGUUGCAAAAGAAUUAUUUCAUCAACUCUCAGACAAAGGUUUAAAACCGAAUGUUUGCACAUAUCGUGUAAUGAUUAAUGGGCAGUGUAAAGAUGGAUUGCCAAAUGAAGCAUACAGGUUGUUUGGGAGCAUGGGAGAUAAUGGUUGUUCGCCUGAUAGCUGUUGUUCUAAUGUAAUGAUCCGGGGGUUCCUUCGUAACAACUAUACCUCAAAGGCAACACAACUUCUUACAGAAAUGGUGACAGAUAGUUUAACGAAAAUUUUAAGGGAAAGUAGAUUGAAAGCCAGUCAUCUACCCUACACCAGCGAUCUAAUCGAGGGGUUAUCCUAAAUUGAAUUUAGGUAGAAGCUUC